AUGACACCUGUCUCUAAUGAUCAAGUUAAUCGCCCAAAGCCAUUUUCUCCCUUUGACUUUUUGUUUCCAGGCCAUAGACGACAGGCACUUUACCAUAGUCUGUGGUCUGUAGUUCCUUUCAAGACAAUCAUUCUUGGUCAUUUUUCUUAUGAGUCGGCUGAUAUGGUCGCAACCAGAGCAGUGAUGCUUAAUAAGCCUUGUCCGAGCAAAUUUAAACAAUCUGAUGUUAUCCACGACAAGAAAUAUAGAAUGUUUACAAUUUUACUCAACGAGGCUGGCCUUCUAGCUGCAUUGUGUUACCUGCCAACCCAAUAUCCGACUGUUGUGGAGUUUUAUCACGAAAUCCCGGUAGCCUAUCGGCACCAAGCUAUCGGAGAUCUACUUGUUGGAACAGCACUUGGUUGGGCAGUCGACACUGGAUAUCAGGUGAUCCCCACCUGUGAAUUUGUACGGCUGCAUCUGGAGAACAAGUACAUCCGCACCCACAAGACUCUCCCCGCAUGCAUCAAAACAGUCAGUCAGUCAGCCAACCAACAACUAAUCAACCCAGCCAGCGACCAAGCCAGGCUCAAAUAA